ACAAGUUAUUUAGUUAAAGUAAUUACUAAUUAUCUUAUAAUGUUAAACUCUUUUAAUUUCUUAUUAUGUUUAUUGAUUUUCCACUCAAUUUCGUUAUUAGAAACAAGACAAAAUAAAUCUUCUAAAUUUGGAAUAAUUAAAAAUAUUCUCAGUAAUGUCCAUUGGAAUAGUUUUAAUGAUGUGGAAUAUGUUAAAUAUUGGAGUAAAAAUUACUACCUAAUAGAUAUGUUGGGAGAGGGUAAACUAAAAUAUUUGGAUACACGUAUACGAAUUGCAACGAUAUUUCUAGAUUGUGCUACUACAAAUUUUUUAUAUACUAUUCUCAAUUUGAUGGAAUAUUUCAGAAAUCAAUGUGUAAAUAUUUUGAAACAAGAUUCAAGUAAAGUACCUGAAUGUGUUGUUGAUAUUUUAAAUAUUGUACCUUCCAUCAAGCUUAUGUUAUCAAUGAUGAAAAGUGCUAUAGAUUAUCUAGAGAGUUUUCAUAGAAUACCACGAAAAGAGAAUAAGAAGAACAUUUGCAUUUUAACUUCUGUAAUUGACUAUUUACAAACUUACAUAAAUUUAGAAUAUUGGUCCUUUUUAAAAGAUAAUUACAAAGUCACUGAUUGUACACAAAAUAACUUUAGUAACAGUAAAUUAGUGGCUCUUGCAAAUUUUCAUCAUAAAAUAAGAGGACACCUAGAUUUAAAUGCUGAAAAGUAUUGCAGUUUGAAAUUGGAUUUAGAUUGGAACAAAUGGAUUAAUGAAUAUAAUUAUGGUAUUCAUAAAACAGAGUCUAAUUUACUUGAACUUCUUAAAAAUGAAAUUUAUGAAAAAAUAGAAAAUUUUAUUCUAGAAAAAUAUUUGAAAUUUGGAUUUCAAUAUGAUUUUGCUACUGACAAAACUUCUCUAUUAGAAAUACAUGACAUAGUGAAUAAUGAAAAUUAUUAUCCAAUUCUUAACAAGAGUAUGGAUGAAGAGUUCAAUGAAAAUUUAAAUGUAUCACCUAGUGAAAGUAUUAAAGAAGGAUCAAGUACACAAUCCAAAGCUAAAGAUUCUGAAGAUUCUGUACUAAUCAAAUUACCUGAACAUUUACGUCAUUUUAAUAGUUACCUGCAUUAAUUGUUCUUUAUAUGUUUAAAAUUUACAACUUAAAUUUUGAUAGCAC